UUAGCUCUUAUUUCUGGCUGGUUUUCUUGAUUUUUAUUGCUUUGUUCUAGCUUAAUUGAUACGCUACACAAUGGUACAGUUGGAUUGAUGUAUUCCUAGAAUGCUGGUACUGAGUAGAGCAUUCUCAAUUGUGUUGCAUCCAACAAAUAAUCGGGCUAUGAAACAAACUCAUCCUUAGCUUUGAAUUCAAACUACUAAAUAGUAGAAUGACCAUGCCUUUUGCUUGUAGUAUAGACUUGUCUUUGUUUGGGGUUGGCUGUGCAAGUAAGGAGAACCAUAUAUUGCGUAACAGCUUUCCUUGGAAAAGCAGAAGGAAUAGGGUCGAGGUCAAAAGACCACCAUACUCUAAUAUCUCUUGUGGUACACCUAAUAGGAGUCAGUAGUUGAAGGGGUUGGCAUUAUUGCCCUCAAGAAUCCUAUUUGUCUAGAGUUAUACGGUCCAGAGAGCUAAAGCUAUCUCCACGACUUUUCAAUGGAUGGUAAAAUAUUUU